UACAGCUCUGACACUCGUACGUGCGUCAAAGGGACGCCUCAACCUGCCUUGGUAAAUCAACUGGAAAAACCAUAACCAGUGACAAGUUGAUCAACGCACACAGGAAAUACACCAUCGAGAACGUCGACUACGGCAGUAUUUGGACUUGAUCUAGGGGUCGAGAGAAGAUCUAAAACGGGACAGCUGCUUAAAAUAAUUCAUCAAAGUUAGUCGGCGACGGGUUAUUAUGAACAACAAGAUGCCAGUUGCAGUGCAAUCAUAUGCAGAAAGAUUUGCAGCAAACUGGAAGGCCCAGAACCCUGCAGACCAAGAGGAAGAACAAGCUUCGUUAGACGAUAGUUUAACAAAUCUUCAAUGGCUGCAUAGCAUUAGCAUACAGGACAUCGCACCCUCGACUACUUCUAUAGCUCCUUCACCGAGCCCAUCGACGAAUUCAUGCGACUCCGACGAUCGCAGUGACACUAGCGAUGGAUUUAAAGACGUCCACUGUAAAGAGCCAAACAUUGAUUACAAAAACGAUGCCAACCACAAACCGCCAUAUUCUUACGCGACAUUAAUUUGUAUGGCCAUGAGAGAAACCAACAAGACGAAGAUUACACUCAGCGCAAUUUACAAGUGGAUCAAAGAAAACUUCAUGUAUUAUCGAGUUGCGGAUCCAACAUGGCAGAAUUCAAUCCGCCACAACUUGUCUUUGAACAAGUGCUUUGUGAAGGUGGCCAGAAACAAGAACGAGCCUGGGAAAGGAGGUUUUUGGAAAAUAGACCCUGCAUAUGCUGACAUGUUUGUAGAUGGUGUGUUUAAAAGGAGGAGAGGUGUAAACACACAAAAGCCAUCCAAGAAAAGUUCUUUGAAACCUUGUAAAAAGGCAACAUCCAAGAGAUCAUCAGAUAGUCUUAAAAAUUCACUCUCUAAACAAGAUCAAGAUGAUGAACCAUGGGCAAAAAAGAAGUUUAAACCUGUUAAAAUUAAGAUUGAAAGGCAGGAUGACGAUGAUAAUGAACUUUUCAUGGAGGAAGAAAUUGCUCCAUUUUCUGGUGGUAUAAAGGAAGAAUUCAGUUGGAUGACAGUGUUGACAAAUGAUGAAAUAGAUGAAAGUAUACGAGAGAUUGCAGAUGCCCAUGGAAUUUCAUUUGAUAGCUCAAUUCCUGUGACAAGCCUCUCUGGAUUUACCACACCUGUUUGCUUGAGUCCAACUCCAUCACAUGAUAGCACAGAUGGCGAUACAUUUCAAGUUGAACCCAACCUAGACUUGACAAUCAGAGGGAUAGGAUUACUACCACCUCGUGAAAACUUGGCAACACCCUCACCAACCACAUUAACUGAUGCUGCACAGUCUGUAUUUAACAUGCCACCCUCUCCUCCCUUGAUGUAUGAGGAAGAGCAUCCCUGGGCAGAGACAGACAACGACUUUAUAGACUGUUUUGAGUUGGAUGGGAACAACAAUGACAUUUGGUAAUGUUUACAAGACACUCUCAGGGAGUUAAUUUCUCAUUAAGUUUGAUUAAUGGCCAUUAUGUAGGAAGCUGUUGGGAGUCACCUAAAGGAUGAGCACUGCUGACACUGGCACAUACCAAACCAAACCAGUUUAAUUUCAGAGAAAAGGGCCUGACUGUCCUUGAAAAAUUUGCUGCCUUAACUCUAAACUCUCCUAGGAUGAUCUUUGCUGAGUGGUGAUGAUGGGACUUACAGGAAGACAGCUUUCAUUGACUGAUGGAAUCAUUUAGAAUCAAAAUAAAUUCCAAGUAGUGAUGAACCAUCAGUAAAAUUAAUCGAACUCUGAUAACUUGUUUGACUGCACACUUUACAAAAACAUGUGCCAACAUACUAACAUAAUUUGUACUCGCAGUAUCUCCAAGCUUAACUCAAUGGGUUUAUAUUUUUUAACAGGCAUUCUCUAAAAGAGAAAAUUUGUACAUAAAGUUCCAAUAAUUAAUGUUUUAAAUUAUGAUGCUAGCUUUCAAAGCAGUAUUUUUUGUGAAGUUUGCUACAUACAAAUUAUGUGCAGGGUAAUACACCCAAUAAGUGUACUAUAAGUGAGUUUAAUUAAUUUAAUAUAUAUAAAGGUGCUAUAUAUUAAAUGGUGACAGAAGCAAAGAACAUUUUUGAUGGAUCAUGGUUAUAUCAGAAUAUGGCAUUAAUAUACAAGUACAUACAUUGUAAUAUUUUGUUAAAUUGUACAUUAUUCAAAACUAUCAGAAAAGAGUGGGAAUUAUUGAACUUAGAUAACAGUUUUUAGAAUAAACUGAAGCUUGAAACAGAUUGACAGAGAAAGACUUCUCUGGCUUCUUGCACGCUAGUUCAUUUUGAAGUUUGCAAGACGGAACAGCUGUGUUUUUCCAGGAUUUUGCUCAACUUGUGUCACUCCCUAAAAAGUAAUUAACGUCAGUUUUCAUUAGUCAGUGAGGUCCUUACAUUCGGCAAUUUAAAUAUGAAUUAAACAAAAGAAAAACUUGUGUUAAAAUAGUUUAUUGGCAGCAUAUGCUUUACAGACAUAUUUUAUUAAGCAAUCCUUUCUCUUAAGAAUAUUGAUGGCCUCAAAAUACAGCUGUCAACAUGAAUCUGCUUUGUAAAGUUAAAAGAUAUAUAGAGCAUAUUUAAUUGUGUGAAGAAUAUUGAAUCUGAAUAAAAUGUGUGGAUUUUA